UCGGAAGAAAGGGUUUCAUCCUCACUCUUCCAUAUAAAAGGUCUCCUCGCUCAUCCUCCCUCAGUCCCUCUGGCUAGGGUUUAAGCUUAGGGUUCCCCUGUUUACCAUUUCUGUCGUCACUGUACACUCUCGCGCUCUCGUCCCGGUCGUCAAUGGCGUCGGCGAUCCUGGGAAGGUCUCUUCUUCUGAGGCGGGCUCUGGUUUCGUGGAGGCCGUCUUCAGUCUCCUCCUUUUCUGCCGUCGCUGGCGCCCGCCCUUCGCGGUUUUAUGCAGGGUUCUCUGUCCGUUCUCUCGCUGCCCUACAGCAAAUCACCCGGAUUCCGGCGAUGGGCGUGCGUUGUAUGGCGACCACCAGGCCGACCACUUCGUCCCUGAACGAUUCUUCGCCAAACUGGAGCAAUCGGCCACCUAAGGAAACGAUUCUGUUGGAUGGGUGCGAUUUCGAGCACUGGCUGAUCGUCAUGGAGCCGCCCGAGGGGAAUCCCACCAGGGACGAGAUCAUCGAUAGCUAUAUUAAGACGCUUGCUCAGGUUCUUGGGAGUGAGGAUGAAGCAAGGAAAUCAAUUUAUUCUGUUUCAACUAGGCACUACUUUGCUUUUGGAUGCAAAGUUUCAGAGGAACUCUCAUACAAAAUAAAGCCAUUACCAAGAGUUCGUUGGGUUCUUCCUGAUUCUUAUCUUGAUGUCAAGAACAAAGACUACGGAGGAGAGCCAUUCAUAGAUGGAAAAGCAGUACCCUACGAUCCAAAGUAUCACGAAGAAUGGGUGAGGAACAAUGCCCGAGCCAAUGAGAGGUCCAGAAGAAAUGAUAGGCCUCGCAACUUUGACAGGUCGAGAAACUUUGAGAGAAGAAGGCAGAAUAUGCAAAGCCAGGACUUCCAGAGCCGGGACAUGCCUCCCAUGCCUAACCGUGACUUCCAAAAUCCUCCUCCUCCAAAUGCUCAGCAAGGCAUGCAACCACCUGGUCCACCUCCUAUGCCCAACCGUGACUUCCAAAAUCCUCCUCCUCCCAAUGCUCAGCAAGGCAUGCAACCACCUGGUCCACCUCCUAUGCCCAACCGUGACUUCCAAAAUCCUCCUCCUCCCAAUGCUCAGCAAGGGAUGCCACCACCUGGUCGACCUCCUAUGCCCAGCCACGACUUCCAGAAUCCCAAUCCUUAUAACCAAAAUGCUAUGCCGCCUCGUGACAUGCCCGCAGGAGAUCAAGGAUACAUGCCCAAUAGAGAUUUCCAGAGCAGGGACAUGGGAGGCAAUUUCCAGAACAGAGACAUGGGAAACAUGGGCAACAUGCCACCAAACAAUUACCAGGGAGGAUAUCAAGGAAACAAUUACCAGGGCUACGGCUACCAGGGCAACAACAUGCCUAACAGAGACACGCCUCCCCCACCGAAUAGAGAUUUUCCUCCCAUGCCCAACAGAGACUACCAAUAGUUCAAUUCGUUAAACUAGAACUCUAAAUGGAGUAAGGUUGAUAUAUUGUGCAGUAUUUAUGUUUUUAUGUUUUCUGGACCUAAAGUUGCGUCACUUACUGCAGAGAUCUUGUUGGUUCACUGUUGAUCGAGAACUUGCUUGGAAUUGCGAAGACUCUGUAUUGUUGAUGACAUGCUUUGGGGCUAUGGUUUUGACUUGUGAGUCGUUUGAUCCUGCCAUACCCUUUACCAGUCCCUCCUGCACUUGUAGUCGAGCUAGACUAUUCUCUUGGACUUCCUCCUUGAGUUGUUAAACGGUCUUGACCUAGCAAAAUAUUAUCAUCGUACAACUGCAGGUGAUCAGUCGAAGCAAAAACAGAAUUCCAUUCUCAUUUGCUUUAAAACGAUGAUUUUGUUCAGAGAUGAAAUGAUGCUAAUCUCUUGCAAAUAUUUAUUAGUAUUCUCUCA